AUGCCCCGGGAGAAGCCUCCAGAGCCCUUGGAUUUCUUCAUCUGGACUGUCGAGGUAAUCUCCGCAUCUCACCUCUCGAUCGAGGCUCGCUUUUCCCCUCCCAUAUUUUUUCUAAGUCGUCUAGAAGCUUUCCAAAAUGUCCUUUAAUGAGGUUCUUCCAUCGAGUCUUUGUUCCAGAUUUAUCGUCUUUGAGUCUAUAUAUCAUUUUGUUCGCAUGCACUCGUCGUGGCGACUUUCUUAAAUGACUAGUCUCCCGGCCAUCAAUGGACCUAGCUGGGUAGUGACGAGAAGGGAUUUCCUCGUCGCAUCUCCUAAUUUAUUAUUUUAAUUUUUCAGUUCAUUGAAUUAUAGAAAACUGAAAUGGAAAUAAUCAUGCAACUCGACAGCGAUUUGUUUUCUAGGAAUGUGAUAUCUAGCCGUGGGUGAAGUCCUGCAGAACUUUGAUUGAUGGGUUCAAUAUGUCGAGACAUAUUAUUUUCCCGACACAGUGGUGAGGCCAGCAGAGUAAUGGAUGAUUCACUAUCGACUGUACCUUUACCAGCAGAGUAUCCUUCUUCUGCUAUGGUAGGACGGGGAUAACUGUGUCCGUUAUUGACAGCCGAUGUUAGCUGAAUUCAUUGGAAACAUGCUAAGAGUGAUAUGUCAAUACUCUCUUAUUUUUAUUUUCGAAGGUUGUGGAGAAAGUUAUUUAUCAAUACUCGCGUGUUGUUAUUUACAUAGGUUGUGUUUUUCCGUGUUUCGUGGACUUUAGUUUCACUUAUAACCAUUUUAGGUCCAGACUGCUCCUUUUAAAAGUGGAAAGCUGCAGCAAAUUUAAGGAUAAGCUGGUUAGAAAGUCGUGGAUGAAACGUACAUGAACUUAAGGGGUGACAAGGCUCCCAGAAAAUACCUAAAUGGUUUUUAUUAUAGCCAGUACACAAUUAGUGGGAAGUGGAGACGUGCAGGAAAAUAGCUGAAUUUUUUUUAUGACCAAUGAGAGAAAAAUACCAAUUAGUGGGUUUUUUUUUAUUGGUUCUAAAUUUUUUUCCAUGACAAUUGCUUCUGUUAUGGUAAAAGCAAGAAGUUGAUUUGGAAAAUAAGAGAUAUGUCAUGCAUUGGUCAACAGGCAUGAUGCUAGGCCAUAUGCUGCCUCUAUGGGUCUCCACUCAGUUCUACAAUUGUUGCCUUAUUGUCAAACUAAUUUCAGAACUAAUGCCAGAAAAAUGAGUAAGAAACGAUUUAUAGGAUAUUUGUUUAUGAGGUGGACCACGACACGGGUUAGGCUGACCUUUGACUUUUUUGGGGGAUGAUUGCUCUCUAAUUCUCUUUUUUCCUUUUCUUGCAAGACGACUGGCACCACAGAAUUAUCUUUGUUAUGUUUAUGUUUUGGCCACCACAUUCUUUUGAUGCUCCACAGCAUAUUUCCAUUGCGAUUUAUCAUAAUCCUGGUUUAUAUGGAACUCAUUAGAAGUCAACUUCGACAAUGGAAAAGAAAAAGGGGUUGGGGGUUAUGGGGCGACUACUUGAUCAAUUUUGCAGCAUCCAAUCCCAUCAGAAAGUGAUGGCCCAUCCCCCCCUGUCAUAAUGAAAGGAAUCUCUCCCGUCUCCUGGUGAAAAAAAAAAAGGGUGUUAUUGUGUAUGUUGGCUUCUCUCACUAAGGUCGCUGGAUAUUGACCUUUUCAUGAAAUAUUUCGAUCACUCAUAUGGAUUUGCGUUUCUAGGAUGUUGGACUAUGGUUGGAGGAGAUAAACCUAGGUAGCUACAGCCAGAUCUUUGAGGAGAACGCUAUUAAUGGAGAAUACCUGGAGGGCUUGUCCAUGUUCACAACCGAGCAGAUCCUUCGAUUUAUCAGACAGUGCCACAUGAAAUGGGGAGACUUCAUCACACUUUGCAAGGAGCUGAGGCGCAUCAAGGGUAAUCAAAGUAUUUUACACUCCAUACUCUUCUAUAUAUUCGUCAUGUUUGCUUUUUUAUGGGCUUAAGCUAUAUUCCCUUAAUGUCUAUAGAUUGGCUUCAAUGAAAUGAUCUCUUUCUUAUAUCUAAAUGAUCAGAUUUCUUCAAAAUCAUGUAAGAACAGAGCAGGGUACAUGCCAUCACCCAGUAAUAUUUCCGAUUUUCCCAUGCAAAAAAAUGGGUUUAGAAGGAAGAUCCGAAGUAUUUGUCUUCGUUCGUUCAUGCAAUAAUUUAAAUGUUUCUCUCACUUCUCAUGGCGAAGUCCCAGAUAUGAAGCCUGUGCCAAUUCUAACUUGGGUCUUGUCCGUGCAGUCGCUUGCCUGAGAGGAGAGCAGGAGGUUCGCCGGCCGUGGUGGGCCCCACCCUGCUUCGCGGCGGUCCUCGUCAGGGCCGCCAGGCGGAAUAGACGGUCUCGUGUUGUUUCAUUAAAAUUGGAGCCGUAG